AUUCUGGGAUAUACUCAAGCUCGAUUCUCUACGUUUGCUAUCGAAAAAUGAAGGUCCUUCUCACAGGUGGCUCUGGCUUUGUCGCCCAACAUUGUCUCAGAUUGCUCUUGAAGCAUGGCCACGACGUCGUCACUACAGUCAGAUCAGCGGAGAAAGGACAACAACUACUUUCUGCGAACCCAGGACUGCCGACUACGAAACUAUCGUAUGUCAUCGUCAAAGAUAUCGCCGAACCCAAUGCAUUCGACAAAGCAAUCAUUUCCUCUCCUCCCUUCGCAGCCGUCCUUCAUACAGCAAGUCCUUUCCACUAUGCAGCCACAGACUUCGAGAAUGAUAUGCUUAAGCCUGCUGUCAACGGCACUUUGAACAUCCUCAAUGCCAUCAAAGCACACGCUCCUGAAAUCAAGAAAGUGGUUGUUACGAGCUCCUUCGCUGCUAUUAUCAACAUGCAAUCUCCGCCAGAGGUGUAUGAUGAGAGCAUGUGGAACCCCAUCUCCUGGGAGCAAGCGCAGACCAAUGGUGCCAUGGCCUAUGUAGGCAGCAAGAAGUUCGCCGAAAAGGCAGCUCGGGAUUUCAUGGCUGUUGAGAAACCAGGGUUUGCGUUGGCUACUGUUAACCCAGUAUUGGUGUUUGGACCUAUUAUGGAGGGCAGUUUGACCUCGCUUAAUGCGGUGAAUACGUCCAAUGUUGUUUUCAGAGAUAUGAUACAGGGAAGGAUGAAAGAUGGCAUUACCAACGGGUCAUUCUCAUGGGUGGAUGUCCGGGAUGUGGCUGCUAUGCAUGUUGCUGCACUUGAGAAGUCGGAAGCCGAUGGACAGCGCUUCAUCGCUGCCGCCGGAAGAUAUUCAAACAGCGAGAUUGCUUCAAUCAUCAAGAAGCAUUUCCCAAGUCUGCAGGAUAAGCUUCCGGAGCACAUCGAACUUGAGUCGAGCAAGGCUGGGUAUGGAAUCGACAAUUCCAGUGCAGAGAAAAUUUUGGGGGUCAAAUUCAGAGAUUUGGCGCACGCUGUGGUUGAUACCGUAGACUCGCUUCUCAAGGUGGAAGCUUAGCAGGUUGAUCACCUGAAUACGUAACGCGAGAUCAGCAUCAUGUAUGGAUUAUUGGACAGAAUAGCGUCUUGAGGGCACGAUAUGCAUGGAGGCAGCGGUGGCAGAGAGGACGCCGAAUGAUGGAGGAAGCGGUCGGAGCUAAGAAGGAAUAAGUCCGAGCAGCCAGCGGAGAUGCCAAGAGCGAUAAGAGAUAAGGAUUCGAGAUGGUUCCACUUCGUCAUGGGCUGGAGAAAAAAGUUGUCGCAGUCAAUACACAAGAACAUUACACCUC